AUGCUCGCAAUAUGGCCUGAAGCCCACUCGCUGCCUCUGCUGUUCGCGCCGUUGAGAUUAAAGGUGCGCACCGAACAACGUACAUCACCUAUUCUCGCAGCGGCAAUAGCAGACGGCUGGCGGGCCACCAACAGCUUUGAUGAGCCAUCUGACUCGUGGCUUGACUUCAUUUCCUUCAUCGCAUUCGAGUCUUCGCCUGUUCACCCUUCAUCGAUGCGAAGAGGCUCCCAACGAGGACGAGGUAGAAAUCCGAAUCCCGCCCGGAGUGCAUCCGCCAGGAGGAACGCGUCCAACCCACCGCCUUCUUCUUCGUCACGUGUCAGGUCCACAUCUCGCGGUGCGACCUUGCAGCGUAGCGGCAGCCACGCUUCUCUGAGACGCUCUGCACGCUUAGCAGAGUUACUCAACGGAGAAACAAACCAGCAAGUCAACGGCGCCACCACCUCAAUGGCCGACGUUGCAAGAUCUAGGCCGCUAGGAAGCAAUUCCGUUCGAACAAGAGCUCACGCCCGCAACUCUGGACGCUCAAGGUCAGGUCACCACUACCUAUCACCAGAAGACAUUCGCUACGCCAUGGACAUUGUCGUCCAGCCUCCCCGCAGUGCACGAGCUGGUCAAGCAUUACCUGGAUCUAUUGUUGUGCGGUUACGGACGACCAACGCGGACCCUGAAGACGCUGUCGCGGAUUCCGCCAACCUGGUUGCCGUCGCUGCCCUGAUUCCUGGAAACUCGGCCGCCCCUGCAGAUCCAAAUGUUCUCAACGCCAUACUCAUUGGCCGGAGAUUUGACUCGAUACAUUCGUUUGCGGACGAUGAAGCAGACGGAUCCAUCGCAUCCAUGGACAUGGCCGAUCCACAAGGUGUUGGCUACAUGCGCUUCCCAGACCUCAUCAUCCGCCAAGCAGGCGCAUACCGUAUACGCGUCACCUUGAUACGCUUACGCAACUCCGCCUCGGAUCCUCCAGUCGCAUCUGCUGGCAACGGCGCGGCAGUGCAAAUCGUCGACAGCAACAUCAUCACUGUCAUGGGCGCGGGACCCGCAUCCAACAUGGCCGCAUACAACGGAGAAGGAAACUCGACGGAUGACGGCGGCUGGUUAGAAGUUCUCCGAACCAUCCAGGAUAGACGCACUUCCCGAUGAGGGAGUCGGUAAAUAAGACCGGGGCAUGUUAUUUUUUUCGUGGUUGUUGUUAGUUUUUGUGUCUCGGAGAUUUUAUUGGUGGCGCGCGCUUUGUACGAUGAUGGCUAGGGUUUUGUACGCUUAUGGGCGCGACCUUUUGUGCGAGGGGGUGCAUCUUUGGGGUUGUACAUUGUCUGCAUGGAUCUGCGGGCCCGGCGCAAGGGAUAGAGGAUCUUUUUCAUGGCAUUGGCUACUUCUUAUUGUUAGCAAGAUGUAUCUUUUACCGGGAAUAGUAGGGUAUCCGAGGAAUGGAGCGCGUUUAGCAC